GUCAGGGCUUCAGCUGGGCAGGGCCAGCUGUUAAUCCUGCAGGCGGACACCGGGGCGGGGGGGCAGAUGCGGCAUAUAGGUGGCGUCCGCUGGUGAGAAACACCUAGCGCAGGUAAAAGGGAGGCGGCGAAAGGGAGUUCCCACCUGUUGCGUUCUUAGAGAAAUGAAGACUUGAGAAAAUACCAAGGAGGGGCCGAUCGGUGUCUUUCGGACGCGCCUGGAGCUCCACCCUCGGCCAGAGGAAAAGCCCCUUGGGUGAGAGGCAGGAGCUUCAGAGAAAUCGAGAAGAAAAGCGCCUCUCCUCGCGCUGCACCUCUUUCGCCUCACACUCUUGCGCACCGGCCUGUACCCAGCCGCGGCCCCUGUGCCCGCCGAGUCCUCGCAUCCCGGCCUCCGGGUGCCUCGGCAGUCGACGUGUCCCCAAGUCCUCCCAUGGCGGCAGCCCGACCCACGAGCUCCGGGAGCGGGGCCCUCUGCCGGCUAGUCCUGCUGACCCUCACGAUCUUAAUAUUUGCCUGUGAUGCCUGCAAAAAAGUGACACUGCAUGUUCCCUCCAAACUAGACGCUGAGAAAUUUGUUGGCAGAGUUAACCUGAAGGAAUGCUUUAAAUCUGCAAAUCUAAUUCGUUCAAGUGAUCCUGAUUUCCAAAUUUUAGAAGAUGGUUCAGUCUAUACAAAGAAUGCUAUUCUUUUGUCUUCAGAGAAGAGAAAUUUUACCAUAUUACUUUCCAACACUGAGAACCAAGAAGAGAAGAAAAUGGUUGUCCUUUUAGAGCAUCAAACAAAGGUACUAAAGAAAAGACAUUCUAAGGAAAAAGUUCUAAGACGUGCCAAGAGAAGAUGGGCUCCUAUUCCUUGUUCAGUGCUAGAGAAUUCCUUGGGUCCUUUCCCCCUUUUUCUGCAACAGAUUCAAUCUGACACAGCCCAGAACUACACUAUCUACUAUUCCAUAAGGGGGCCUGGAGUUGACCGAGAACCUAAAAAUUUAUUUUAUGUAGAGAGAGAUACUGGAAACCUGUAUUGCACUCGUGCUGUGGAUCGUGAGGAGUAUGAAUCUUUUGAGCUAAUUGCCUUUGCAACAACUCCGGAUGGGUAUACUCCAGAACUUCCACUGCCCCUAGUAAUCAAAAUUGAGGAUGAAAAUGAUAACUACCCAAUUUUUACAGAAACAACUUACAUGUUUACAGUUUCUGAAAAUUCCAGAGUUGGUUCUACUGUCGGACAGGUGUGUGCAACUGACAAAGAUGAACCUGACACGAUGCAUACGCGUCUGAGGUACUCCAUCAUCCAGCAGUUGCCAGCAUCACCCACCCUAUUUUCGAUGCAUCCAACUACAGGCAUGAUCACCACGUCAUCGUCUCAACUAGACAGAGAGUUAGUUGAUAGAUACCAGUUGAAAAUAAAAGUACAAGACAUGGAUGGUCAGUAUUUUGGUUUGCAAACUACUUCAACUUGCAUCAUUGAUAUUAAAGACGUGAAUGACAACUUGCCAACAUUCACCCGUUCUUCUUAUGUGGCAUCAGUGGAAGAAAAUACAGUUGAUGUGGAAAUCUUACGUGUUACCGUUGAAGAUAAGGAUUUAAUUAACACUGCUAAUUGGAGAGCUAAUUAUACCAUUUUAAAGGGCAAUGAAAAUGGAAAUUUUAAAAUUGUAACAGAUCUCAAAACCAAUGAAGGAAUUCUGUGUGUGGUUAAGCCUCUGAAUUAUGAAGAAAGACAACAGGUGAACCUGCAAAUUGGUGUCGUUAAUGAAGCUCCGUAUUCGAAUGAGGCUAGUUCAAGAUCAGCCAUGAGCACGGCGACCAUUACUGUUAAUGUGCAAAAUCAGGAUGAGGGCCCCGAGUGUAGCCCUGCACUGCAGACUGUUCGAAUUAAAGAAAAUACACAGCUGAGAACACCGAGCAAUGGAUAUAAAGCAUAUGACCCAGAAGCAAGAAGCAGCAGAGGCAUAAAGUAUAGGAAAUUAAAUGAUCCAAAACAGUGGGUCACUGUUGAUGAAAACUCAGGAUCAAUCACAGUUAUCAAGAGCCUGGACAGAGAGGCAGAGAACAUCAGAAAUGGCAUAUAUAAUAUUACAGUGGUUGCAUCAGACGAAGAUGGGAGAUCAUGUACUGGGACACUGGGGAUUAUACUAGAAGAUGUGAACGACAAUGGUCCCUCCAUACCUAAACAGCAAGUGAUAAUCUGCAAACCUGUCACGUCGUCUGCGGAGAUUGUUGCCGUUGAUCCUGAUGAACCAAUAAACGGCCCACCCUUUCACUUCACUUUGGAGAGUACUUCUGAUUCAGACGUACAGAGAAGAUGGAUACUGACAGGAAUUAAUGAUACAGCAACACGCCUUUCCUAUCAGAAUGACCUUCCAUUUGGAACAUACACAGUACCUAUCAGAGUUGCAGAUAGACUUGGCCAGUCACAUAUUACUCCAUUAACCGUUAUUUUAUGUGACUGUAUUAUCGAAAAUGACUGCACCUCUCGCGUAAGUCCAAGGACUGGCAACGGAGAAGUAAAACUUGGAACAUGGGCCAUUCUUGCGAUAUUGUUGGGCAUAGCAUUGCUAUUUUGUAUCCUAUUUACCUUAGUCUGUGGGGCUUCUAGGGCAACCAAGCAACCAAAAGUAUUUCCUGAUGAUUUAGCCCAACAGAACCUCAUUGUGUCAAACACGGAAGCUCCUGGGGACGACAAAGUGUAUUCCACAAAUGGCUUUACAACACAUACCGUGGGCAGUUCGGCUCAGGGAAUUUGUGGCACCAUGGGAUCAGGAGUGAAAACUGGAAGGCAGGAGAACAUUGAACUGGUGAAAGGACACCAGACCUUGGAAUUGGACCGGGGAGGUGGGCAGCGCACCCUGGAUUCCUGCAGGGGAGGACACGUGGAGGUGGACAACUGCCAAUACGCUUACACAGAGUGGCGUAAUUUCACUCAGUCCCAUCUUGGUGAAAAGGUGCAGCUGUGUAACCAGGACGACAAUCAUAACCAUGCUCAAGACUACGUCCUUACGUAUAACUACGAAGGAAAAGGAUCGAUGGCCGGUUCCGUAGGUUGUUGCAGUGAACAACAAGAUGAAGACGGGCUUGAAUUUUUGGAUCAUUUGGAACCCAAAUUUAGGACACUAGCAGCAGCAUGCACAACAAGAUGAUUGUUUUCUUUUAAGUCUAUAAAAGCCAGUGGCUUUUUCAUCUCUUUUUUUUUUUUAGUUCUCAGUUUUUAAAAAUAGAAGAUGCUUUGUUUGGGACUUUUCCCCCAUUAUUUUGAUGGGAUCUCCUUAGCCAAAUGCACAUUUACAGAGAGAUACUGUAAAUAAGUACACAAAUUUCACAAUUUUUCCAUAGUUUUUAAUUACUUGCCUUCCACCCAAGAGGACCUACAGAAAGAAAAAUUAAGGAAGUCUGCAUUAUUGUUUACAUUUGGGUAUAAUGACAACAGCCAAUUUACAGUGCAAUAAAGUGUAAUUAAUUCAAGUCUAUAUCAUAGAUUACUUGAAGUAUAACCUGAUAGCAAAUUGUAGAGACAUUGUUUUAACAUUAUCUUCAGUUAGCUAAUUAAUUAAUUGUUUGUAUGGUGCUUGAAAACUAUUGUUCCCCUAAACAUUAUAAAGUGUGUAUAUUGCAUUGUUAUUGUUUUAUUCUUAUAACAUGACCUUUCUUCAUAACACAAAGAGAGAGUCCAACCAGGCACUGACUGUUAUUACAAUUCCAUUUUGGUGGACUUUAGUUUCUAGGUUUUGUUCUGUGUAAAAUCCUGCGCUGAAUCCACAUUUCCUGUUACCUACCUUGUCAGUGAACUUUAAGUUUAAAAAAUGCUUUCAGAAUGUAUUUUUACACCUUCAAGGUUUUGGUCUUUCAUCUCUCUCUUUCUCUUCUCUCUAUUUUUAAAACUCCUAUUUGGGUUGGAGAAUCUAAAUAUCUUAAAAAGCUGUCUCUCCUCUCUUAUAAAGUGAGUUAUUCUGUUUCCAUUUUAUGUUUGUUUUUCUUAAAAUCAAUGCAGUGUUAACGUUAUUGUUUCAAAUAUCUUGGUUAUUGCCUUGUUAUCUCCUCAACAAAGAACCUUUAAUUUUGCCAUUGAAACUGUAAAAAUAUGUCAUGCUUUUAUUAGAGGCAACAGUCUAUGUUAACAAAAGCAAUAGUGUAAUUAAAAGUGGGAUAUGGGAUUUAGUAUAUAAUAGCAUAUUUACAGUUCAUAUCUGGAUAUGAUAUAUGCAAAGAUAUGAUGCAAGGAUAUGGUUUAUAAGUACAAAAUAGUGAUGGUUUUUGAAAUACAGAUCAUGAAAGCUCUCUAGGAAUAACUGUUUUAUAAAUUUUUAGAUGAAAUGGCUAGUCAUAUCUACGUGUUUGUAAAGUUUUUUUAAUAUUUUAAAAUUACAGUUUUUAACAAAUGUAGAAAUGGGCCAAACUAUUUAAAUUUUGAAAUAAUGAGACAAAAUGAAACUUAAUAGCCAACCAAAUUCCAGGCUAGGUUUCACAGCUGAUUUCAGUCAAUGAAUUUUCUGUGUAUAUUAACCAUAUGGACAUUUCAAAUGUAUUUCUAAUAUUUAUGAUUGUUAAUAAUGUGCCUAUCUUGAAUUCACAAGGUUGACUUAUAACAAUUAUUCUUAAGGAUUAACAUUGGGUAAUUAUUCAAUAAUCUAUUUUUUCAGUUGUUUCAUUAAUGUUCAAAGAUCCUAUUUCUCAGUUAUUUUAAUAAAUUAUGUACAAAAUUCUUAUAUAUUACUAGUUAUGAUAAAGCAAAUCAAGUAGUUUUAAAAAUUUAGUGUGAGUUUGUUGAUCAUAUGUCAGAUAUGAGCUUAUGAGAUUGUAUUUGUCUUAGAGAAGUGAGCCUCUUUUUUAGAAUCCUGUUCUACAUCUUUUAGAAUUUUAGAGUCUGCUUUGGAAAGAUCACUGGUCCAUUGUUAUAACCACAUUUAUGUACCUUGACUAUUCGAAGACUGUGAUGCUAUGGGAUAUUGGUUAAACUGCAUAAUUUCUCUGCUUCUGUUUUUGUUUUUCAUCAUAAAAUGGGGGUGGGGGGAUGGGUGACAAUAGAACUCCUUUCCUAGGGUGGCUGUAAGACAUUAGAAUAAAAAAUGGUUUUUAAGCAUGCAAGUCAUACAGAGUGGUCCACCUGAAAGGCACUCCUAUUAAUACGAAAUGAUUUAAAAUAAGUCAGAUGUGCAACCCAUUUCAUAUUAAUGAAAAUCAAUUAAGAAAAUAGGAUAAUUAAAAGGUUUUUGCUUUUU